GGAUAGGCAGAUAGGCCAUCCUGGAUGUCGUUUCAUUCUAGCACCCUCUGUACAAAGAUACGCCCAGCUGCUGCGUGUAACCGUCCCUGCGACUCAAGAUGGCAUCAACGCAGGCCCCUCCGCCUACGGUAAUCGCCCAGAAACAAGCCUUCCUCGCCGCGCAGACCCGUCUCUUCUCGCAGCCCCUCCGACCUUCCCGCCCCUGGCUCGCCGCAAACGAGGCCGCCGAGUCCCCCCUCCCGGACCCGGUCGUUGAGCACGUCGUCGCCCGCCUCAACACCACCGUACUGCAGCACUCGCGACGCGCCUACUCGCAUCAGGCGAGUCGCCACGUCGCCGAGCAGAUCGACGCACUCUACCUGUCUCAGCCGCCCGCGGCGCAGGACCACGAGCCGGCCGAGGGCCUGUCUCUCUCUUUGGACCUUACCGAGGAGGCUGCCGUCAAGUCCCUUCCGCCGACUUGGCCGGUUGACCGCGACGUGACCAUGUAUCCCAUGGAGGCCAAGCGGUACACAGAGCAAGUGGAUCGCCUAAAAUCGCUCGCUGAGCAGAGGCACCAGACCACCGCUCGCCUUGAGCGUUUGCGGCGCAUGAAGGCCUUACUCGACCCCUUCCGCUCCGAUGAUGACGGCAUCGGCGUGCAGGAGAAUCUUAUCACCCGCGACGGCGAGGUAGAGAAGGAGAUGGAGAGUAUGCGAGUUCUUUUGGCACGUGUCGGUGGCCGCGUCAACCUUCUGCCUGCGUCCACGGAGCCCGUGAGCCCAUUCGGGGAGGACGAUCCCCUCGCCACGAGAUCCGUGGCUACGGGAGAGAAACGAAAGCUCGACGACCUCCUCAACCACUUCUGAU